UUGAUGGUUGGGGCCUCUCUUCUCACACUGCACCAGGGGGUGUUGUUGUGCUUAGAGUUGGCCCAUCUGCGCAGAUGUAAUAAACUUCCCUCAUGUUCUUUACAGCGAUUGGAAUGGAAUUCGUGUUUCUGGGGUCGGUAAAAGUGUGAGGCACCUUUCGGGGGUCUUACAUCUUCUUGGGGGCUCGUCCGGGAUUGGAGACCCCAGACCCACGCUCCAUUUUCCAAUCGGAGGCUUUGUUUAAAUGUUCGCCUCCCGGGGCUUCGAAGGCUUCCAAGAGGAGCAGUCCCCAGCUUUGCUCUCCGACCUCUCUGCCAUGGAGUCGGCACCUAACAACAGCCCAGGGAACUACGACACUGGAACUGGGGCUGUGAAGGAGAAGCUCCGGGAGAAACUCCGGGGGCCGGAGGGCAGCCGAGGUGGCAGCCGGGGCAGCUACAAUCCCCUGCAGUACCAGGUGGCACACUGCGGGCAGAUGGCUGUGCACCUGCCUCCGACCUUGACGGCACCAGGCCAGCCCCUGUGUGUCCCCGAGGCCCCCUUGGCCACCACUGUGCCCCCUGUGCACCUGCCCCCAGCCCUGACGGCACCAGGCCAGCCCCUGUGCAUCCCCGAGGCCCCCGUGGCCACCAUCGUGCCCCCCAACAGCCCCCUCAAGGCGCCCUCCCCGGCUGACCCCUCGCAGGAGAACAAGGAGGAAGUGAAGGACAGCCUGGAAUACCGGCUGCGGCGGGAGCGCAACAAUAUCGCCGUGCGCAAGAGCAGGGAUAAGGCCAAGCGGCGCAUCCUGGAGAUACAACAGUACAUGGCAGAAAAUGAGCAGCUGCGCAGCUGCGUGAGGCAGCUCACGCAGGAGCUGGAUAUCCUGCGCAGGUGUUUGAAAGCUAUUAUAAAUUUGUUGUCAUUGGUCAGUACAGAAAUUAAAAGUUAAGGACAUAAAAGAAAAGAGUAUUGUUGGUAAGAAGGGCUAAAGAGAAAAGAGCUUUUUAUAUAAGAAAAGGACAUGGUUUGUAAAUCUGGAUGGCUAGUUUACUCUAGACUGGAAUGAUGGUAAAAUGUUUACAGUAAGUCGAAGAGGGUGUGUGAAAGUCGAAGAGGGUGUGUGAAAGUCACAAAAAGUAUUUAGGUCAAGGGAUGUGUUUCCUGUUUUUGUCUCUGUUGUCUUUUCUGUUUUUAAAUUUUGAUGCCUUUUUGUAAUUUUUCUAUCCCGCGGAACAUGCUUCCCCUACCCUGUAGACUUGCUUUUGUGCUCAUAGAAUCUGCUGCAAGGCACAGAGAUGUGCCUGUAAACCUGUGUCUGGCGGCGGAUUUGGUGGGCGCAUGGGGAGACGGCCGGCUGCCGCCUAUCAGCUUAAAACUCGGACAACACCAAAGCUACAA